UGUGUUUCGUAUGGGCUCAGAGGGCCAGCAGGAUAUUGAGAUGUCCAUACUGACAGCUUUGCUCAAAGGCACCAAUGCCUCUGCCCCUGACCAGCUGAGUCUAGCCCUGGCCUGGAACAGAGUGGACAUCGCUAGGAGCCAGAUCUUCGUCUACGGUCACCACUGGCCCAUGAGUGGCAGCGCGGCCAACACCACGGCAUCCCAGGAGAAGACCAAGAGCCCGGUCCCAGCCCGCGGUGGAGGUGGUGGGGCAGGGAAGGGCAAGGCCAGGGUCAAGAAGGGCAAAGGAGGCAAGGCCAAACCUGAACCUCCGGAAGAGACGGACCCCAGGAAGCUGGAGCUACGCAACUGGGUGAACUCUCUGGAGCAGGCCAUGAUGGAUGCCCUGGUGCUGGACAGGGUGGACUUCGUCAAGCUGCUGAUAGAGAACGGUGUCAACAUCCACCACUUCCUCACCAUACCUCGUCUGGAGGAACUCUACAACACGAGGCUGGGCCCAACGAAUACACUGCACUUUGUAGUUAGAGACGUUAAAAAGGGAAAUCUUCCACCGGAUUACCAGAUCACCUUGAUCGAUAUCGGAUUGGUCCUGGAGUUCCUGAUGGGCGGGGCUUAUCGCUGUAACUACACCAGGAAACAGUUCCGCACCCUCUACAACAACCUCUACGGUUUAAAAAGACCGAAAGCUUUAAAAAUGUUAGGACUGGAGGACGACGAGCCUGGAGGAAAAGGCAAGAGUAAAGGGAAGAAGAAGAAGAAGAAAGAGGAAGAGAUCGACAUCGAUGUGGACGACCCGGAGGUCAGCCGCUUCCAGUACCCGUUCCAUGAGCUGAUGGUGUGGGCCGUUCUCAUGAAGCGUCAGAAGAUGGCUCUGUUCCUCUGGAAGAGGGGGGAAGAGGCCAUGGCCAAAGCUCUGGUGGCCUGUAAGCUGUACAAGGCCAUGGCCCACGAGUCGUCUCAGAGUGAACUGGUGGACGACAUCUUCCAGGACCUGGAAAACAAUUCCAAGUUAGUGAGGGGCUAGCUAGCAGAAAGAUUUAACAGUGUUGGGGUCAAGUUAGUGCGAGGCUAGCUAGCAGAAAGAUUUAACAGUGUUGGGGUCAAGUUAGUGAGGGGCUAGCUAGCAGAAAGGUUUAGAUUUAACAGUGUUGGGUUCAAGUUAGUGAGGGGCUAGCUAGCAGAAAGAUUCAACAGUGUUGGG